UGGUCAACUAGUCAACUAGCGAAUGAACGAAUCUACUGUUGUUUUGGCUCAUUAAUAUUAAUUAGGGUUCUUGACUAGACCUUUUAAGGAUAGCGAGAAAGGUCGGCUACACCUAAUUGAUAUUCAUGACCUUGGGCUUUGGCAUACUAGGAUUGGUACAUUUACUGACAGGCAUUAGGUCGCCACAGCAGCAUCACGGCAAAGACCGGUUCAGAUAUCCGCAGUGCCGUCGACGACCGUAUCAUGCUUAAGUAACCGGCUUUUCAGACCUCGACUUAAACAAUUUAAACGGAUUUUGCAACUCUUUUAUGGAAGCCGAGACUGUGGCAAUGCUGCCUCCCAAGAACUGCAUCCCCAGAAACUACAGCUGUAUCGCUGGGCUGUUCGGGAGCUUGGCAGCAUCAGAGCAGAAACUGGAGGACGGAGACGGGGACACAGAGGGAGAGAAGGACACCCAUGAAGACUGCGAACCAUUAGAAAUCAGCGUAGUGAAUGAGAAACCGAGGGGAAGAGAGUCGUUCCCGAAGCCCCCGCACAGCCCGACGCAGCGCCGCAGGUGCAAAUCUCUCCCCACACCGGCCGAAAGAGCCAAACUAGAGAUCGCACGAAGCCAGAGCCCGAGCAUUCAGAAAAGGGUCCGAUUCGCAGACUCUCUCGGUCUGGACCUGAUCUCUAUCAAACACUUUGAUGACACGGAAAUGCCUGAGGUACCAGAGCGCAUCAUUGACAAAUUCAAGAAAGCCAGAGCUCUCCACUUGAACAACUUCGACAAUUCGAACACAUCGAGCCAGUCCGUGUUCCUGGAGCUGCUCUUCACAAAUCCAGGAUCUCUGCCACACUUCCUAGACAGAGUGAAGGAAGUGAAGGUUUUGCUGGAGUCGGUUCAUGCGGAUGAAUUCAGCUUGUCGGGGAUCGUGCGGGUUCUCAACUUGGCUUUCGAGAAAAGCGUCUAUUUGAGGUACACAUUAAAUAACUGGACGACAUUUAUGGAUAUUCUGGCGUCUUACGUCCCCCAUUCAAGUGACGGGCUGACGGACAAGUUUAGCUUCAAAAUCAUCGCCCCGAGCUUUCUGGAGUGUGGCGGAACCCUGCAGUUUGCCGUAAAGUACUGUGUCCGAGGGGGUGAAUUUUGGGACAACAACAAUGGAUACAAUUACAAAGUGAGACGCCACAGGUUUAAAAUCUCUCCUCCGAGGGAAUGGGAAAACGGGUGGAUUCAUUUCAUUUAGUGUGCGCAAAAUUACGAGUUCCACUACGGUGAAGGCGUGGCUCCUGAAUAUUAAUUAGGUGACGUAGUGUCUUCCACCGUAGUAGGAUUCGUAAUUUCGCCAACGGUGUACCCGUACCGUGAGCGCGCAUUUCUAAAAGGACCUUCCAGAAAAAUGUAUGUACCACAAAUGCGCAAAACGCCUCAACAUUUUUUGUUCAUGCUCAUGUCACUUUCGCACUGAUGCGAUUUCUUGUAGAAAAUAGGAAAGUGAAGUCAGCUAGGGAACCACUAAACUCAACCGACGAGUGCCAUUGUUAGGCAUAUCUACGUCAUUGUGAAAUGCUUAUGGAUUCUGGCCGCAGUACAAGGGUCGAUGGUCAUGCAGACAGGACUGCUAUCAUGUAUUCAUCAAAAUAAGCAGCAGCAUUUAAAUAUGAGUAACAAACCGUACCCGGAUAGCAUUCAGCUGUAGUCGCAUUGUGCUGUCUGAGGAAAUUGUUUAAUAUUGGGUUACAUAAUCCCCAGAGCGCGUGUGAAAUCAUGCCGCUUGUGCAUCGCUGUGCUCGCGAUGCUUGUUUCACAUCAAAUCGCAGCUAGCUAAGCUUGGCUUUACCUCCGAAAUAGUAAUUGAAGCUUUUAUAUGUUUUAGACAUACAGUAGGGGUCCAUAUAAAAGCUUGAGCGAGUUAUGCGAGUGAUGCAAUAAGAAACAGAGCAGAGGUGUCAUGCUGUCAUCCAUGCGCACGUUUUCUGUUCCAGCCUGAUGACUCUUAUAUUUUACAUUUUCAGAUACAGAGAAAAUAUGGCGUUGUGUACAUUUCUGUUAACAAUUAAGUCAAAGUUUAGUUCAUCAGUGUACAACAAUGAAGCAAGUGGCAGCUGGCAAUAAAUCAUUUUGAUUUAUUUAUUUUUUGUAAGGAAAGGGGAAUGAUUAAAGAGAAAAUUAUAUUAAUAUUAUACAAUAUAAUAGGUGUUAAUUAUUCAUCUAUUAGAUGGGUUGCUGAAGGUGACAGGUGCUUUUGUACCAUUUGCUAGAUGGUUAGUGAAAAAACAGUUUAUGACCGGUGUCCUUAAAGGAAUGUUCUGGGUUCAGUACAAGUUAAGUUCAGAAGACAGUAUUUGUGGCAUUAUAUAUAUAUAUAAAUGUUUUACUUUUCCCUGGUUUUAAAAAAAGAAAGAAGGAAAUUGUGUUUACACUAGGGCAUUUACAAUGGAAGUGAAUUGGGCCAGUCCAUGAAUGUUAAAAUACACAGUUUCAAAUGUAAAGCUGCAAAACAUAAACAUUAUACAUGUUAACAUGAUUUUACUGUUUAUUGGCUAUGACGACAAAGUUGGUUAGUAUGCAGUUUUAUCACACUGAAUUAUCCCGCACUGAGCACUUUAUUUAUUACACUAUGGUCUUAAUAAAGUACUUGGUCUUCUGCUGUUGUUGCCCAUUCGCCUCAAGGUUGACGUGUUGUGCAUUCUGAGAUGCUAUUCCGCUCACUGCAAUUGUACAGAGUGGUUAUCUGAGUUACCGUAGCCUUUCUGUCAGCUCGAACCUGUCUGGCCAUUCUCUGUUGAUCUCUCUCAUCUCACAAGGCUGGGAUGUUUUGGGUGUUUUUGGCACCAUUCUCUAUACACUCUAGAGACUUUUGUGCGUGAAAAUCCCAGGAGAUCAGCAGUUACAGAAAUACUCAAACAAGCCAGUCUGGUACCAACAAUCAUGCCACAGUCGAAAUCACUGAGAUCACAUUUUUUCCCCAUUCUGAUGGUUGAUGUGAACAUUAACUGAAGCGCCUGACCCAGAUCUGCAUGAUUUUAUGCAUUGCACUGCUGCCACACGAUUGGCUGAUAAUCGCAUGAAUAAGUAGGUGAACAGGUGUUCCUAAUAAAGUGUGAAGUGAGUGUAUCUUUACUGUCUUGUGGCUAUAGUUUUGAAACGGUGUAUUUUAGCAUUUAUGGACUGGCCCCAUUCACUUCCAUCGUAAGUGCCUUACUGUAACUGUGAUUUUUUUCUUUUUAAGCAAUUAAGGUACAGUCAACAUUAUAUUUUUUGGUAAUCAACAUUAAGCCACAUAUGCUGUCGAUUGAACUUUACUUUAAGGACAGACAUGCCAUUCUUACAACAUAUAGUUGAGUAUUUAUAUAACUAAUACUCAUCUUUAAUACUAAUUUUUAAUAGCACCUUUAAAGAGCACUAAAAUGCAUGACAAGAAACAAAAUACACAGAUACAAGAAUGACAGAAUACAAAAAGAAAUAAAAAAAAAAGGAAAAAUGUCAGAAACAAUUAAAAAGGUUGGAGAAACAGAUACAAAAAAAAUUAGUGUAAGCGGAAGGCCAGAAACAAAUCUCAGAAACAUUGUCCACAAGAUACAUUUUCAGUUGAGUUUUGAAGGUGGGAAGAGAUGAAAUUUCACAGAUAUACUAAAGAAAGUCUUCAAAAGUCUAUUGGCAGUGCCUUCUGGCUCCUGGGUGCUUAAGGGUGAGAGUAAGGAUGAAAGAGUUCAAGUAGAUAUUGUUGUGCAAGACUGCGAAAUGCUUUGAAAACAAAGAUGUUUGUUGAUAUUAGAGGUCGACCGCUAGUGAAUUUUGACGAUAUGAUAACUAAGGUGGUGGGAAAGGCCAAUAACCAAUUAAUCGGCCAAUAGUUUUUAAAAUCGAUUUAUACAAUGUCAAAAAAAUGUUCUUAUUCUUUUUUUUCUAUGGCAGGCAAAGACAAAUAGUCCAAAUUGAAUAAAAUCCCAGAUGCAGUUUUUUGUUCAACCAAAAUCCAUAUAAUAAUAACCAGAAUUUGUUUUAGAUUUAGUGCAUAAAGCGGGACUUUUAAGUAGGAACAAGCCUGAAACACACUGGGGGCUCUUAUUUUGAAAUUAUGAAAAAACUAUCGGCAAAUAUCGACAUAGAUUUUUGCUGAUAACUGAUAGUUCCAAAAAGCAACUAUCGGCACCGAUUAAUAGGUAAAACCAAUGUAUCAUCUACCUCUAGUUGAUAUCCUGAAAGAUAUCCUGUAUGUUUAGUAGCUCACUGACCUGACUGCUCCAUCUUCAGCAGUGCUUUGCAAUCAUGAGUGGAGCAGCUCCCAUACAGGCAGUCGGACAAUGUACAGUCAAUUGUGCAUCUGUAGAUGUUAAUUCAUUCUGAUUUCUGAAUGAGGCCCAGACAGAAUCUGCACACAUGUGACAUCUGUCAUUCAUAAAAGUUCUACGCAUUCCCCAUCCCGUGCAUGUUUGUUUAUGAAAUAUUUUGGCUAAUUUCAAGAUGCUUUAAGCUACCAAUAAGUGUGUAGUACUCUCAGGUCCAUUUAUUAAAGUUGCUGUGUUUAAACCCUUCCGCAGAAUUCAGCAGAUUUUUCCUAAAAAUCAGCACAGAAAAUGCGAGAAAAAUAAAUAAAUGAGUGUGGCAGAGUUGAGGCCUCUUAAAUAAUAAGUCGGUUAAUGUUAGUACAGUUUUUUUUUUUUUUUUUACCCAGCUUGACACCUAAGGGGCUCUGUAAAGUUCUGCAAAAUAUAAAGAAAUUAGUUUAUUUUGCGAAAACAACAAAAUGACAAAAUGUUGUUUGUGCUUAGCGUGUUCAGAAAUAGAUUGAUAAACCAUACUUCUCAGAUAAGAUUUUAAAAAAUCAAACAGGUUUUUUGGACCUAUAAAGGUCAAUCAUAUUUUUUAGAUUCAAAGAUAUUGUGCAGUCAAAUAUUUUUGUUAUAAUGACCACUAAACUGUAUAAUUGACUGUUCUCCCACAUUGUGCUUGUUUCAUGUCUCUCAGAUAACUCUGCAGUCUCUUUUAAUUAAUAAUAUUAUAUAUAUAUAUAUAUAUAUUAUCUCAGAUCAAUAUUGACCAUUUUUUGGUAGCCUUGUAACAAGCAGGAUAAUGUACAGUCAUUUGGUCAUUAGCGUGAUAAUCCAGUUCAGGAUGAUACAAGAGAGACCCCACGGCUUACCCUGUUGGGGUUUAUUUUGACUGACACUACUUACCUCAGACCAUAAACAUAUGUAGGCCAACUAUAAAGAAGGCAUUAUAUUAUUCCAGCUAAUUUUGGUUUAUUGUCUCUUAAUUCAGAUGCUAUGUAUUGAGGAUACAUUUAUAUUUUUUCAGAACAAAACCAAAUAAGUAGGUAGUUUCAGAGGAAAUGUAUAUUUUUGACAUACUGUAGGUCAGAUCAUAAUCAAACAAACUGUUACAUUGUGAAAUUGUCUUUCAUGUGGAAGCAAUGAAGUAGCAAGUGUUCUGACAUGCCAGUAUUUAAUAUAUCUCACAUUGUGUAAGCUUAAAGUUUUGGCUGAGCUAAGUGCUGUCUGUAUUUUUAAUUACUUGGAGUGUAGUAUAUGAUUGUCAAGCCAUCACUGAAUAUCCUUAGAUUUGAAGUUUGGUGGUCUAAACAGGACACUGGCAAAAGUGCACUGGAACACAAUUAUAUCAGAGACUGUUUCUCAGUUAGGUAGGGUGGUGUAUUACUGCCACUGAAACUUUAAGGUUGCAAGGUAGCUGGAAGUGUGAUUGGUCCUAGGUUAAGCUUUAGAUGCAUCGUUCUUAGUUAUAAUUUUGGAUUAAUUGAAUCUAAACGUUUUUCAUUAAUUCAGUGUUUGCAGUAGUGUCUUAGAAACUUUUUGAAAUUAGUCAAAUGUUGUUGAGCACAGUGCUCCUUAGAGGACAGGGAGGGAAUUUAUUUUCUGAAAUAGUUUUGCGUUCCCUAACAAUAGUUUGCGUUCCCUCGCAAUACCUUUAUCCAUGGUUUUACUAUAGUAAUCAUAGUUCAACUAUGUUAUGUGCUGUAAAUCCAUAGUAACCACACUAUUUUUUAUGGAAUAAGGUUUACUACAGUAACCGUAUUUUAACCAUGAUAUUCAUUGUAAUAAUGCAGGAAAACCAAAACUAUGUAAUAAAAAUCAAUCAUUCUGCCAAAAAACAAAACAAAAACAACAACAACAACAACAAAAAACAACAAGGUUACUACAGUUUAACUUGUACCAUUGUUAAUUUUUGUAUAGGGGGCCUGGGUAUCUCAGUGAGUAUUGACACUGACUACCACCCCUGGAGUCGCAAGUUUGAAUCCAUUGUGUGCUGAGUGACUCCAGCCAGGUCUCCUAAGCAACCAAAUUGGCCCGGUUGCUAGGGAGGGUAGAGUCACAUGGGGUAUCCUCCUCGUGGUCAUGAUUAAGUGGUUCUCGCUCUCAAUGGGGCUCGUGGUAAGUUGUGCGUGGAUCGUAGCAUGAGCCUCCACAUGCUGUGAGUCUCCACGGUGUCAUGCACAGUGAGCCACGUGAUAAGAUGCACAAAUUGAUGGUCUCAGAAGCAGAGUCAACUGGGACUUGUCCUCCACCACCCAGAUUGAGGUGAGUAACCGCUCCACCACGAGGACCUACUAAGUAGUGGGAAUUGGGCAUUUCAAAAUGGGAUAAAAAAUAAAAUAAAAUUUCUUAUAGGAUAGAUAAAUGUAUUGUGAGGGAAUGCAAAAUUAUUCAGAACACAAGUUCCCUCCCUGUCCUCUAAAUGGCCUGUAGUUGAGCA